GAAGCGCUCGAGCGGAUGCGGCUCGAGUUCUGGGACGUCCAGCCGUCCUACGGCGGCGACGCGUCGAUGUGGACCGCGCUGCGCGCGGCGGUGGAGGCGAUGCGCGAGGACGGAGAUCUCGACACCGCGCGGCUGCUGGUGGACAGCGCGGGGAUCAUCGUCGCGGCGCCGAACAUGACGACGUGCUGGGACACGAUGGGGCACAAGUACGUGCUCCCGAAGUGGGUGUUCCGGGACCCGAGGAACGCGAUC